CAGCACUGCUCGCACCCCUAGCAACCAACCAACAUACCCGCGGGGCGUAUAAGGAGAAAGGAUCUGUACCGGGCUACCUACCUACUUACAGAAAAGUGAGGCCAGCAUCCCGAACUCACCACAACACCACAACCUCUUAUACACACGCCAAACAAGCCAGCAAUCACAGAUACCAUACAUCGGCCUCUUCUCUUCCCUCUUGUAGUGGCUGUCCAUCGUGCGGAUUGUUUGUUGCCGCGCUUUUCAGCACACAACUACCAGCAUCAACACCACUACUAACCAGCUCACUUUCUUCUUACCUUCUUGGCCCGCCUCCCCAGUCCAUGGAAUCAUGGACGACGCCAGCAGCUCUCAGCAGCUGGUAGACACCAGUCAAUCUACCCCAGACUCGCAGAAUGAGCCCAUCACCAACACAAUGACCCCUUCUUCCUUUUUCUCCUCCAAUGAUACCCCUUCCAACCAUGUCCAGCAGCCGCCUGCCGAUAUUGCCGCCCCAUCAGCCCUCAUCCCCAAGCCAGCUUCCACAAGAGGCGGCACUCGCGGGAGGGGCCGAGGUGGUCGUGCCAGAGGCAAGGGCCGAGUUGCAAGGGCUGGCCCCAAGAUCACAGUAGCCAAAUCCUCAACUGCCAUCCCCAAGCCGGGCACCGGUCGUGGCCGUCGUCAACGGGCCUACCAGUAUACCAGGGCCCAGGCCGCCUACGAGCGCAACAUGGAACUUCGUUCGGCUUACAGCCAACUCGCCCGCUUGGCCAAGCCCGUGCUUGACGAAAUCGGCUCUCGUGAGAAAAAGGCUCUCAUGGAAAACCCCCAGAUGGUCGAGGAAGCGCCCGAGUACCAGGAAGUCAUGCGCUUCCUUGACCAGCGCCGUGACGACACCAUCGCCACCAGCGCUCGUCGUCUGGAGUACGAGAAAGCCAUGGCCCUGAACGUCUUCGAAGGGCAACGUGAAGCUGUUUUCAGGUCAACAACGCAACUCACGGCCGAACUAUGUGAGGAAUGGUACACCUCAAUGCUGGCCGAGGUCGAGAGGUUGGAGUUUCUUCACGAUAACAAACUUCCCUUGGAUCUGCCCCCUGCCCCUUGCACAGAUUACACCUACAAGGACAUUUCACAAAAGCAAAUGGAUGAACAGGGCAGAUUUGCCGAACGCGACGAUGAGGGCGACGAACUGCCAUGCUCGGGCAAGAAGGUUAGUGAGCUCAUGACCGAAGCCUAUCAGGUCCACUCCCAGCUCCCACCCAAGCGCAAGGCCGAUGGCCAGUUGGCGGGCGAACCCAACCCCAAGAUGGUCAAGGCCCACACGUCCAGCCUUCUCGGUGGCACCGAUACUAUUCCGGGAAGCAAAAGCAACACACCGGAACCCGGCUCGAAAGCUCCAUCACCAGUUCCCUUCUCUCCGUCCAAGGGCGGAAGGUUCGAACCCAGUUUGCUGGAUCCCCCUCUUCCCAAGGGUGCUGAGGAACCGGAUGAGUACGGGGUACGCCUAAUCCAGCGCAAAGACAAGCGUGCCGAGUUCCACAACAACCGGAUCAUGGUACCGCCCAUUUUCGAAUUCGACGACGACGAAAUCGGCUUCCGCGACUCGACCAACGAUCCCGUCAAGGGCGCCACCAAAGCCAAGCGUGGCAGAUUUUACAUGACACCUAACUCCAACUACUUUUAUGUUGAUCGCCGCGUGUCAAACUGGGAUUCUACCCAGGUUGAGGGCGAAUUGGACGAGGAGAUUGUCAAACAGUAUGGCCUCCAUCCCAAGAUGGGCAUUCCUCUGUCGUCGUCCACCAACGUCGAUCAGCCCCCCAUGCCUCAUGUUUCUGGCUGGAAGCCUGUAGUCUUGGUCGAUCCCAGGGGACAACAAGUUCAUGCGUCGAGGACCAUCAAGGCAGCUAGGCUGGAUGCUCAAGGAAGGAAGUUUGAUCUGAUGAAUGCUUUGCGUAAGUUUUGCGAACAGGAAGGCAUUCCCGAAAAGGAACUUGCACCAAGCAAGGAGGAACGCGAACAGAAGAGAAGGCAAGAGCUUGAGUUGAGGGGUCUCGAUCCCGACCAAGACAUCGAGUCCCAAAUCUCGCAGUCAGUCACGCCCGCGCGCGUUCCCUCGCCGGUCAACACGACGGUCUUUGAUGACUUUGUCCAAGGAGCCCUUCAAGCCGCUGCAGCUGACGAGGAGGCCGAACGGACGGCGGCGGCAUCCCGCUCGCAGGCCUCCAAGCCAUUCGAUGCUAUCAGAGAUGCACUUAUGGACAACUCGACACCUGCGCCGGCCCCACAACCGCUCGCCCAGCAGCCACCUGCUCCACUCCCUACUCAGGAGACGCAAGUCACGGGCUUUGCUGAUACUACCAGCUUGUCCUACCUUGCUGAUGUCGCCGAGAGAGAAUCUCAGGAGCAGCGGUACCUAAUGCACCCUUACCACCACCAGGGAAUGCAGUCCGGCCCAUCGCGCACUUAUUCGGAGGCUCAUCAGGAGAGUACCCCGAUCGACCCGUCACUCCUGCCACCACAAUCACAGCACAAUAGUGUGCCUCGAAAUAACGAUUUCGAAAGACCGCAGCACUAUCACCAUGUAGAAUAUCCUCGGCCAGAAGGAUAUGGUGUCUAUGCCCAUCAAGAGCCUCACCCGAACGACGGAUCGAGGCCCAAUGAUUUUCUGAGGACGGCGCUUAAUCCUUCUGCGUAUCCUCCGCCCCCGGAAUCACAUCCUGGACAAUAUCAGGACUACUCCAUGCAGGGUCCUGCCACUGGCCGAACGCCCUUCUCUACCACGGCUUCGUCUAAAGGACUUCCAGCUUUGCGACCCAUGCACGGAACACCUGGUCCUGAUGGACAGGUCAGCCCGGUUCUCCCGCCUUCGGCCCAUCCUAGCAUGGUGGUAUCGAAUAGCGGUGCGUUUUAUCCUCCGGCGCCUAACAGGCCCUUUCACAAUGGUUACUCGGCGCAAGAGUCACCAGUACCUAUGCAAGCAGCUGUGCAUCAUCUACAGGGCAUGUCCCUUCAACCUCCACCCGGCCACGCCGAACCGCAUCCGUCUCAGAUGCAGAUGCAUCAUUAUCCGAUGCCGCCCCAACCCUACCAAAACGGCCCGAUUCCUCUUGCGCCGGCGCCAGGUCCUAUGCAAGGCCCCGUACAUAUCCCCGCGGCUUCUCCUUCGCCUACGCCCGGCCCGGGUCAUGCACCUCCUAUGCUCCAGCCGGCACCUCCACCGCACUCGCUGGCACCGAUGCCUGGUCAAUCGAUGAUGCCCACCGCCGGCAGCCCACCGCCCGGACGUUCGCGUCCCGGAAGUUCUUCGGCGCCGUCUGGACCACCUCCUUCCUCCGGGGCCUCUGCCGCUUCGAACAAAUACCGAAAACUCGAGCCUGCCCCAACGCCUCCUCACCGUCUCGGCUAUACCGCCAACGGCCAAGAGCUACGAACAGUUCAGUUCGACUACCGCGAGGCUAUCAAGGACUACACCCCGGUUGAGCCGCCCCCUAGGCAUGGACCGACUCACAUCCGGGGAUGGACCCAUAACAACCUCAAGAAGGGCCCCGGGGCCAACAGCAGCCGCCCUACCUCAUCCAAAGGCGCCGCCACCACCAACGGCGUCAACGGGGCCACGAACAACACCACCAACGGAGACGGUGCUCGUGCUGGCUCGUCUUCGUCGAGGGCUGUCAGCAAGAUGCCCGUUGUUUUCCCGCCGCCUGUUAUUUUUCAGGCGCCUGCCCCGUCGCCCAUUGCGCCACAAGUGCCCACUCCUCCGCCGGCUGCUUCACAAUCUGCUAUUGUUUCUCAGGGGCCCACUCUUCUCCCAGCAUCUCCCAUCUCACAAGGGGCCGUCGAUCCGCAUGUGGCCGACAUCCCACAAAAUUCUACCACCAGCUCCCAAGCGUCUAUCAAGCCCGUUCGCGCCGUAAGGACUGCCGACAGGUCCCUGUUGGUCAUUUCCGCGUCUGCCAUGAAGAAGUUUUAUCGGAACAAAUCCCAAAGCGCCACGUCCAGUAGCAGUGUCAGUAGUGCCAGUGAUAACAACAGCGACAAUGACGAUAAGGGCCCUGACGUCGUCAAAGAAGGAAUUGAAAUUGCGGCCCCUAGUCCUGCUCUCACCCCAGCAACGGAGGCCAGCAUUAGCUCCAGCUCCACCAAGAGAAAGAGAGCAUCCACAUCUGAGGACUCAAGAAGCAGUAAUGGUCCCAAGAGAGUAAAGUUCAUUUCGAAACGGGACGCAGCACCAGUGUCAGUGGGCGAAGAUGCAUCCUCGACGUCGACGGAGCUGCCACAGCUGCGGCCACAAUCGCCUUCUCAGCAGCGGAAGCAGCAGCAAAGGUCGCAACAGGAGGGUAUCAUAAUGGAUACAAUCACAGUAGCCACCAUCAGUAGCCCUGACACCGCGAAGAGCCCAACAGCCACCAAGCGCAAGAGCCCGACAGCUGCAAAGAACAGCCCAGCUAAAACCCCAUCCAGGACCCCGGCUAAAAGGAAGAGAGCCGCAGUGAAGAUCAAACAGGAAGAGGGAAGUCCCAGCCCUAAAAGGGUUAGAAUCAAGAAGGAGAACAAACAGCCGCGCCAGCCCGCCCACAGCAGCUAUCGGCUUAGGAACAGGGGCGGACCGCGGCUGGAGUUCAAGGAGAAUUCGAAGGGGGAGAUGGAGCUGGUUGAGCUUGGGGAUGAGGAGCAGAGGAGGGAUUGAUUUAGUGAAUGAGUUCGGGACAGAGAAGUACAGAGGGAUGUUGGAAUCAAUCUUGGUUUGCUUGGCUGGUUGGCUACACCACACAGAAUCCAUCUUGGAGAUGGAAAGAAGAGCAAGAAGAAUCUUCAUCAAAAUAAAGCCAUAGGCCAAAAGAGCCAUGACAAAGGUGCAUCUGGAUAUACCAAAUACCAAAACUACGACAUAACAGAUUGCAUUUUUUUUUUUUUUUUUUUUUUAGUUUGCAUUGCUUCACGCAUAACAAAAGAAAGAG